UUUGCGUCUGUCGCUCCCAGCCCUGGGCGGCGCUGUGUGGGGUCUGCAGGUGCCGGUCGGGGUUCUUGCUAGCUCCCCGGUUCUCCGGGAAGCCGGGCGCACCGUCCCGGAGGCAUGGGGCGACAGUGGGGGCCCGCCAUGAGGGCAGCCGAGCAGGCGGGCUGCGUGGUGAGUGCUUCCCGGGCCGGGCAGCCCGAGGCGGGCUCCUGGAGCUGCAGCGGGGUGAUCCUGAGUCGUAGCCCGGGCGUGGUGCUGUGCCAUGAGGGCAUCUUCAUCCCCUUUUUUUCGGAUUUAAGUUACUUCGCGCGCCUCUUCGGGAGCGAGCCGGCCGAGCAGUGGCGCUUCGCGAGCGCGGCGCCGGACGAGGAGGUGUCGGAGGACGAGGAGGAGGAUCAGCUGCGAGCGCUGGGCUGGUUCGCGCUGCUGCGUGUGAGGCACGACCCCGAGGAGGAGGUGGACGGGCGCGGACCGGCAGUGGCCGUGGCGCCGCUCGGGGCCGUGCCCAAGGGCGCGUCGCUGCUGGCCUGUGGCUCCCCGUUCGGUUCCUUCUGCCCUGACAUCUUCCUCAAUACGCUCAGCCGCGGCGUCCUCAGCAACGCGGCGGGCCCGCUCCUGCUCACCGAUGCGCGCUGCCUGCCCGGUACCGAGGGCGGCGGCGUGUUCGCCGUACGACCCGCGGGGGCCCUGGUGGCGCUGGUGGCGGCGCCCCUCUGCUGGAAGGCCCGCGAGUGGGUGGGCCUCACGCUGCUCUGCGCCGCCGCACCUCUCCUCCGCGCCGCCCGUGCCGGGCUCGGCCGCCUGAGCCCCGAUGCCGCUGCCCUGGCCGCACUCCUGCCGCCCGAGUUGGGCGCCCCGUGGGGCCUGCCUCUCCGAGACCCUGGGCCCCCGUGGGCAGCCGCGGCCGUGCUGGUGGAGUGUGGCACCGUCUGGGGCUCCGGAGUGGUCGUGGCGCCCCGCCUCGUGGUGACCUGCCGGCAUGUGGCCCCCCGCGAGACGGCCAGAGUCCUGGUGCGCCCCACCACCCCCAAGAGUGCCAAUAUCUGGGGACACGUGGUGUUUGCCACUCAGGAGACAUCUCCGUAUGACAUAGCCGUGGUGAGCCUGGAGGAAGAACUAGAGGGUGUCCCCGUGCCGGUGCCCACUGAACAUUUCUACGAAGGCGAGGCUGUCAGCGUGGUGGGCUUCGGCGUUUUUGGCCAGGCUUGUGGGCCCUCGGUGACCUCGGGCAUCCUGUCAGCUGUGGUGCAGGUGGAUGACGCGCCGGUGAUGCUGCAGACCACAUGUGCUGUGCACGGCGGCUCCAGUGGGGGACCCCUCUUCUCUACCUGCUCAGGGGACCUCCUGGGGAUUGUCGCCAGCAACACCCGGGACAAUAACACCGGGGCCACCUACCCGCACCUGAACUUCAGCAUUCCCAUCACGGUGCUCCAGCCGGCCCUGCAGCAGUACAGUCAGACGGGCGACAUGGGCGGCCUCCGGGCGCUGGACCACGCCGCCGAGCCAGUGAGGGUGGUGUGGCGGCUGCAGCGGCCCCUGGCAGAGGCCCCGCGGAGCAAGCUCUGAGCCUGUGUCACCCUCGAGAGAAGAGCGACAUUUUAUGCCCUGGGAAGUGCUAAGGUGAUGGCAGCCUCGGGAUCCUGUCACAGCAACCCAGCUGGGCAGCCCCCCAUCAGCACCCGCCGUGCUUGGCACUGGAGUCUGGAUCAAAUUUCUCCUCAGCCCCCUGGGCCUCCAAGCCAGUAGCCCCUUUUGGGGUACUCUCUCCAGCCUUCAUCCCUGUCUUCUCCCUGGCAUAGACACAGCUCUGUUGUUCCCCAUCUGGGGGCCCAGCACAGCUGCACAGAGUCCUGGUCCUGACAGACAGGUUGGCUGGAAGGCAGGCCCAGCCCUGGGUUCGAGUCUCCCCUGUCUCCCGAUGGCCACUGGCUCCUCUGCUCUCCGUCAGAGUUAGCAGCUGACAGAGCACUGGCGCUUCCUCAGAAAACCUCGGCACAGAGGCUCUGCUCUGAAGACCGGAGGGAAAGGAAAGCGACGUCUAUCUCCCUGAUCUGCCAGACCUUUGGGGAGACAGAGUCCCUGAAAGUCAGGACUCCUGGGUCUUCAUAUGUCGUGUCCGUGACCCACAGGGGCACUCUGCCACAGUGCCUUAGUUUUCCAGCCCAUACAAUGGGUCUCAGGGAUCUUGGGAGGUGGGGAGAGGAUUAUCAGGUGUCUGGUUGGGGUUUGGGAAUAAACAGGACCUAUGGAAGGAACUGUA